AGGUUUAGAAACAGUUUUUGGAAUAAGUAUUUUUAAGAAAAAUAAUACAAUGAAAUGAACAUUUCCGAACACUGAAUCGCAUCUUUUUUCUAUCAACCAAGUUGACUUUUUUAUAAUAUAUGAACAGCAACUGAUUAAACUGUUUAGUGUAAUUCUUCAAAACACUAUUUCAAAACACUCUUGAUAUUUUGUUGUUUUUAUGGGGGAAAAAAAGAACAAAUGCUUUUCGACCUAUGUUUUUGAUCUUUCGUUCUUUAAUAAUUAUUUUUGGUGACUUGAACAACCAAAAAAAUUUAUAAGCAAAAGUGGAUUAAUCUUGCAUGCAUGAUUUCAAUUUAGAUACUUGAAAAAUUCUCAUUUUUUCCAUAAAAAAAAAAUUACUCAAAGUAGUUACGAUUUGUAUUUUUUAAUAUGUACUUAUUUUAUGUUGCUCACUUGCAGUUCAUUAAAAUCUGGUAAUGAUUUGGUUGAUUUUAUCUUUUGUGACUAUUUUGUCACUUGGUUACAUAUUUUUAAUUUAUCGCAAACCUUCUAUUUUUAUUAAAAAGAAAAGUACUGUUCUUUUUGUAAUUGCACAUCCUGAUGAUGAAUGUAUGUUUUUCGCUCCCACAAUUUUAAGUAUUCUGAGAAGAAACUUUGAAGUUUAUGUGCUGUGUUUAUCAUCUGGUGGAUACCAGUUUGAAAGUAAUGUACGAAAGCAGGAGUUGAGGAAGAGUUGUCAGACUCUUGGAAUUCCUGGAGGUAACUUAACAAUUAUUGAACACAGCCAACUUCCUGACAAUCCAAAGAGAAAGUGGAAUCAAAUCAAAGUUGGGAAAAUAAUUCUGAAGUAUUCUUUUAAACUUUCAGCAAAUGUUAUCAUCUCGUUUGACGAAGGUGGUGUAAGCGGUCAUUCAAAUCAUAUUGCCAUUUGUGAAGGAUUAAAGUAUUUGAAUGCAGAAUCAUUGAUCCCUAUAGACUGUGAUGUUUAUUUAUUGAAGUCAGUGUCAAUAUUGCAGAAAUAUUUUGCAUUUUUAUUUGCUCUCCUAAAUUAUCUUCAAGAUGAAUUUUGUGUCAUUUCAAGUUACCAAGAUGUUAAAAUUACUUGGAAGUGCAUGAAAAUCCACUGUUCUCAGUACGUAUGGUUCAGGAGGCUAUACAUAACAUUUUCAAGAUAUGUAUACAUCAACACAUUUAAGAAACUAUGAUUAUUAUUGUUCAUCUGUGGUCAGAGAAGACUUGGUUCAAGUUAGUCAGAUGUUAGUUGUUGAUAAAAUUUUUAAAUCUCAUUUUUAUCAUCUGAUAAAUUGAUGUUGGGUUCGCACAAAAGCAUCAUUCCAUUCUCAACAACACUCAUGUUUACAAAUGACUCAAAUGUAAAUAAAAUAAUUAUAAAUGUGUGA